GCAUUUUUCCUUAUAAUACCGCCAAGGAAGAAACAAAAGCGAGUUUAGCAGAUAACAUUUGUAAUCGCAAUCAAAACUGCGGGCUUCUUCGAUGUGCCACUGAGUCAGGAAAGAGCCAAAUGUGGCGCAAAACGAUCCCGGUUCAAUGCAACUCGUAAACUUCCGUUUUCAGCGUUGCGGUUUCUGCUCCUAACCUAUGUCGUCUGUUUAGCGAAGGGCAAAUCGUAUGGAAUGCUCGUUUAAAUAAAAAUGGUUUCAGCUACGCUUUUCAUUGCGAUUGCAUAUUUAGCUUUUGUUGCUUUUGUUGGUGGCACUCACCUGUCAUUCCAUCCGCCAAAGGUUGUUGACAAACUUAAUGUUGAUGACAAGUUGAACCUUACAAUUACGUUUCAUGAUAUCAAAAAGCCUUUCGAACAUGUUAUCUGGAGCACCGAAUCCGAACCGUCUAACGUUUUGUCUGCAGAAUUGUCUUCGGUGCAGUGUCAAGGACGGAUAAACAUAUCUUGCAAUGGGACACUCCAAGUUGAAGGUCUCUUCCUGGGUUUCGGCAAAGUUUUUAUUCUUGAAAAGAAUGUUACUUCCCAAAAAGUGAGAAAAUUGAAACCCCCUCUAGAGGUUGUUGUUGUGAGACAAGAUAAAGUGAUCAACAAAGUGUUUACAGCUUUUGUAGCGACAAUCGUGACUAUUAAUUACAUCAACAUGGGAUGUGCUCUCGAUAUCGGAGUCGUGAAAAAAGUGCUCAAAAGACCUAUCGGUCCAGCUGUUGGAUUCGUUUGUCAGUUUUUAGUUAUGCCUUUGGUUUCCUACGGAGUUGGAUAUCUCUUGUUUGAAGAUCCUGUUCUACGUUUAGGAUUGUUUACAUUCGGCUGCAGCCCGGGAGGGGGCGCCAGCAAUAUGUGGACUGUCCUCUUGGGUGGCAAUCUCAAUCUCAGUAUUACUAUGACUUUCGUUAGUACCUUAGCUGCUUUAGCUACCAUUCCACUAUGGCUGUUCACGUUGGGAAAGACAAUUCUGGAAGGAACUAACAUCGUGAUCCCGUACUCCAACAUCUUAAUAUCAUUAGCAUCUCUCACUAUCCCUAUUGGCUUGGGUCUACUAAUACAGAGAUAUUUCCCGAAGGUGGCAUCACGAUCCAAGAAGAUCCUGGCACCCAUCUGCAUUAUCAUGAUCAUUGGCAUCAUAAUUCUGGCAUCCGUUGCUAAUUCUUAUAUGUUUUACAUGCUGACUUGGCAAAUGGUAAUCGCUGCAAGUCUGAGCGUGUGGACUGGCUUCAUAGCUGGUGCGCUUGCUUCCAUGGUGUUUCGUUUUCCAACCACUGACAUGGUAGCCGUUGCUGUGGAGACAGGUAUACAGAAUAGUGGCAUAGCUUUUGUUUUAUUAAGUUACACGUUAAAGCCACCAGUAUCAGAAAUGGCAUCCGUAGUGCCAGUGGCUGGAUCCAUCAUAACACCCAUUCCGUUGUUUGUUAUCUAUUGUUACCAGAGAUUCAGGAAUUGUUGCUUCAAGACGGAUAAAUUAGAACUUCAAGCCAUCAAUUCGAAAAAAAGUGUUGAUACAUCAUCAGUAAAAGGAUUUGAUAAUUUAGCACAGCAAAGUGACAUAAAUUAUUAGAGGUUAUUUAUUCCUUAUUUACAGCACAAUGCGCACAAAUACAAAGAAAUUUAUUAUUCGUAUUUUUAUUUAUUGCGUAUGAUUAUUGACAUUUAAUUAUGUAUGAUUAUUUACAUUUAAAUUGUGUAUAAUUUCUUGGCAACUGAAAAGGCAAGGAACUUGGCAAGAGAAAUGCGCAUGUUUCGAGAAGGUUCUGAAAUUGCAUAAGCGUCAAAGUAUCAGAUUCAUACUGUAAUGUUGCUGAAAACUUAUUUUUAAUAAAAUAUUUUGCAUUGUAA